AUGAGCGUUCAAGCAGAAGGAAACGUUUCGGUUAUCCGUCAGAAUUUUCAUCUCGAAUCAGAGGCCGGUAUCAACAGGCAGAUUAAUUUGGAACUUCAUGCUAGUUACGUGUAUCUGGCAAUGGCAACUUAUUUCGACCGUGAUGACGUGGCGCUGCCAGGCUUUGUCAAGUUUUUUAUGAAGUCCAGCGAUGAUGAAAGAGAGCACGCCAAAAAGUUCAUCAAGUAUCAAAAUAAGCGCGGAGGACGGGUCGUGAUGCAUAAAAUUGAGCAACCGCCGAAAGACACCUGGGCGUCUUGUGUGGAAGCAAUGGAAGAUGCUCUGGCAUUGGAAAGGAUGGUUAACCAGUCUCUGAUGGAUCUGCACAAAAUAGCGUCGUCACAUGAGGACGCCAACAUGUGUGAUUUUCUGGAAACUGAAUACCUCGCUGAACAGGUCGAAUCGAUGAAACAGAUCGCUGGCUACAUCACGAACCUGAAACGUGCUGGCCGUGGUUUGGGAGAAUACUGUUUCGACCGUGAAACAUUGAACGCGGAGUAA